UAGGCACCGGUGUUGAAGAAGUGAAGACUCUGUUGUUUCCCAGAUCUUCCUGAAUAUCAGAAAGUCAGAAUGGAUGAAGAACCAGAGAGAGCCAAGCGCUGGGAAGGAGGCUAUGAGAGGACAUGGGAAGUACUGAAGGAGGAUGAGUCCGGUUCACUCAAAGCCACAGUGGAGGAAAUCCUGUUCCAGUCCAAAAGGAAAAGGGUUGUAGAGAGCCAUGGACAAGUGAGGCUGGGCAUGAUGCGUCAUCUCUAUGUGGUGAUUGACUGUUCAAGAAGUAUGGAAGACCAAGACCUGAAGCCAAACCGUCUCACCUCUACUCUGAAGCUGAUGGAAGCUUUUGUUGAAGAGUAUUUUGACCAAAACCCCAUCAGUCAGGUGGGCAUCAUCACUACAAAGAAUAAAAGAGCUGAGAAGCUGACUGAUCUGGCAGGGAAUCCAAAGAAGCACACUGCUGCUCUGAAGAAAGCAGUGGACACAGUGUGUGUAGGAGAGCCGUCCCUCUACAACUCUCUCAACCUCGCCAUACAGACUCUCAAACACAUGCCUGGACACACGAGCCGGGAGAUCCUGAUCGUCCUCAGCAGCCUCACCACAUGUGACCCAGCCAACAUCUACGAGCUGAUCAAGACCCUGAAGUCUCUGAAGGUGCGGGUGUCUGUGAUCGGCCUGUCAGCGGAGGUGCGGGUGUGCACGGUGUUGACCAGGGAGACGGGUGGCUCAUACCACGUCAUCCUGGAUGAGAGCCACUUCAAAGAGCUGCUGAUGCUGCACGUCAAACCUCCACCUGCCAGCUCCUCGUCCGAAUGCUCUUUAAUACGCAUGGGUUUUCCUCAGCACACCAUCGCCUCUCUGACUGACCAGGACUCCAAGCCUUCAUUCAGCAUGUCUCAUUUAGACAGCAGCAGUGGUGCUCCUGGUCUGUCUUUGGGAGGAUACUUCUGUCCACAGUGUCACGCCAAGUACACAGAGCUUCCUGUGGAGUGUAAAGUCUGUGGUUUAACUCUGGUGUCAGCCCCUCAUCUUGCCAGAUCCUUCCAUCACCUCUUCCCCCUCCAAGCCUUUACAGAGAGUCCUCUGGAAGAGCUCCAAGGAGACAGGUUCUGUCAAGGCUGUGAAGGAGAGCUGAAGGAUAAAAGUGUAUUCACCUGUCCGUCGUGUCACAAAGUCUUCUGUGUGGAGUGUGAUCUUUUCAUCCAUGACUCGUUGCACUGCUGCCCCUGCUGUAUUCACAGUCAGAGCGCCCCCUGAAGCUGAGAGGCUGUCACACAGAGACUGAAACACACACUCAGACCAUGUGUGCCUGCUUUUACACAUACAUUCAGCCAGUGUGUGUCCACUACUGACAGGAUGGAUAUGAUGUACGCAGGCUUUCCAUGGGCCAAAUGAUAGAU